AACGCCCACUACCAACAGCCAUCGAGAGCAGCCAUCAGCAGCACGUAUGAAUGACACGUCGUUCUACCGACGACCUCUGCCGGAGACGUGUGUGGCGUUCUCGUCUGUCCGUGGGAGGAAGAUGUUUGCUGAGGCUCUGUCCGAGGGCAAUAUGGAGGUCUUCUUCUCCUUAGUGGAGCAGUUCACCACCCAGGCUGAGCCAGCCUUCUGUGGCUUGGGCACUCUGGUCAUGGUUCUCAAUGCUCUUGCUGUCGAUCCCAAGAGAGUGUGGAAGGGUGUAUGGCGAUGGUAUGAUGAGGAGCUGCUGGAUUGCUGCAAGCCCCUCGACAAGAUCAAGGAAGAAGGCAUCUCGUUCGAUGAGUUCGCCUGCCUCGCAAAAUGCAAUGCGCUCGAGGUGGUGACGGCCUGCCGCGCUGAUGAAGACGAGUUCUCGGAAGACGCCUUUCGUGCAGAUGUCAUCAGGUCAGUGCGAGAGCCGGCAGGCUCGGCGCUGGUCAUUGCAUACGACCGCAGCGGGCUUGGCCAGACCGGAACCGGUCACUUUUCGCCUAUCGGGGGCUACCAUGCCUCCUCCGACUCGGUUCUCAUUCUUGACGUCGCCCGCUUCAAGCACCCGCCGCAUUGGGCCCCGCUUCCGCUUGUUGCCGCUGCCAUGGCAUGCUCGCUCGAUCCGGCCACAGCCCGCCCGCGCGGCUGGAUGGUGCUUGCCAAGUCGUCCAGCGACGCUCCGCUCGCGUCGCUGUGCCGAGUCAAGAGCAGCUCGCAGCUCGUCGGUGUCCUCGCUGACCUCGCCGAUCUCAUCCCGACCUUCUCGCAACACUGCAGCUCGUCGUGCUCUAUCCACGAUGCCAUUGCCUCAGCCGCCACGCUGGAGACCAGGCUCUGGUCUGCCCUCGGCGUAGCCGCCGCCCCACCGGAUCCAACCGUGCCGGGAGCCCGUGCCCUUGCUGACUACUGCCGCGAGCUCGCGUCCGCCAUCGCCGACCUCCCUAUCUUUGCCCUCGCCGCCGACGCGCUUCCAGCCACCAGCCUCGACUCGAGCACGUCACAUCCCGGAUUGUUCACCCUCACCCCUGCCCACAUUUUUGUCCUCGUCCUCCUUGCCUUUCCGCGCAACUGCCCGCUCCGUGCCCAAGCUACGUCGGCCAUCUCUACCUCGCCGUCCGCGGUCCUCGACGCCAUCGACGCCAUCACCCCUGCUGACAUGCCACCCGUCCUCCGCCACGAACUCGACGCACUCUCCACCAAGCUCACUUCGUUCUGCGAGCUCGAUGGAACCUCUCCUGCUUCUGCAUGCGCGGGCAGGUGCUCAGCCUCGACCGCAGCUUCGUGCAACUGAUCGCACCAAGCUGUCCACUCUCCCACUCUCCGCAACGCUCGACG